CGCCCACACGAGGAUUUGCGUCAAGCCGGCGCGUGGGAGUGAGAGAGCAAUGCAGCUUACAUCGGAAUAUCCCAGCAGAAGAGAGAGAGAUAGAGAGAGAAAGAGUAUGUGUGAGAGAGAGACUGCACCGAUGAGCGUUCAACGGACUUUCUCUCCAGCGCGAGAGGCGGAGCGCAGCCCCGAGACGACGGCGAGCAACGGGAACAGUCGCGCGCACCAGCUGCGGAAGAGAGCCAUGUCGGUACUGUUGCCACGUUCUUUGGGGGAGCUCCAACUGUACAGAAUCCUGCAGAAGGCCAACCUGCUGUGCUACUACGAAGCCUUUAUCCAGCAGGGCGGCGACGAUGUCCAGCAGCUCUGUGAGGCCGGCGAGGAAGAGUUCCUCGAGAUCAUGGCCCUCGUCGGAAUGGCGACCAAACCUCUCCACGUCCGACGACUCCAAAAAGCCCUACGCGAUUGGGUGACCAACCCUUCCCUCUUCAACCAACCGUUGACAUCUCUACCUGUUUGCAGUAUACCGGUUUACAAGCUCCCCGAAAGUUCACCGGGGGUACAACAGAACCAACUCACAGUACCCAGGGCGUUGUUACCCACAAGCCCCAGUCCGGCGAGGCUGGAUAUCAGCAGAGACGGGACACCGGGGUGUUCUCCGCUACAAGGGGCUAGCGAGGGUCGCUUCUGGGGGAGCGAGAGCGAGCACAGUCUAUCUCCAUCCGGAGCAUGUUCCCCGUGUUCUCCACACGACGCCCUCGACGCUCUCGACGCAGCCGCCGUCCAGUGCGUGACGGACUGCGUCGAGAGACUAGCCCAAACGUUGCCCAAAAGUGACCCCGCUGAGGUCAAAGAGCACGUCCGUGCCAACAAGAAGCUUAGCAAGAUGAUCGGCCACAUCUGUGAGAUGAGCGAAGACGAUCCGCAGAAAGAGGCGGAGGUUCGGAAGUACAGCGCCAUCUAUGGGAGGUUCGAUUCGAAACGGAGAGACGGCCGACAACUUACGAUGCACGAGCUAACAGUAAAUGAGGCGUCUGCUCAGCUAUGCAUGAAAGAUUUAUCACUGCUAAGCCGAAGAGACGAACUUUUCUCACUAGCUAGGCAGAUUUCACGCGAAGUCACCUACAAAUACACCCGCAGGAGCAACAGGUCUCACUGCGGCGAAGAGGAGGAACCGUCUCCCAAGAGAAUCAAAUCCGAAGAUGGUGUCUACGAUCUGCAGGAGGCCCUGCACGUUCUUCACACGCGACAGGAGACGGUGAGAGAGCAGCUCGCAAUCGCCAAAUCGAAGGGAGAGGAGUCGAUCAGACAAAGUCUACAGGUUCAACUUGAUUCUCUAUUGGCCAAGCAGGUGGAGCUCCUGCGGGACGCUGCGAUCCAGGAGAGACUGAAAUCUUUGGAUUGGCGGAUUCCUACGGCGGCUCUGAAAUAUCUCACUCCCACACCUCAACACUGCAACAGCGGACUCUCACAUGUCUCCGGUGAAAGACCCUUAAAUCUGCGUUUGACUGACGUUCCACUCGGCAGACAGCUGGCCAAUGAGCUGAAGCGACAUCACAAACAGAUCACAGAGGAAAGACACAACCAACAAACCUCAGACGAGAGGAAAACAGCGACCACAGAAAAUGGGUCAUCUCAAAAGGAGCCCAGCCUUUUGGACAAGACCAUCAAAUCAGAACCUGAAGACUCCAGAUAACAUCUUCAACCUCUCACACUGUAAAAAGUGAAAGUUGGAUCUACUUAAAAAAAUUACUUUUUAAAAAAAUACUAUUUAAAAAAAAAUCGCAAUGAAACGGAAGUAGCGAUCAUCUUAUUUUUACGAUUUAAAAAAUCGCAAUUAAACGGAAGUAGCGAUCAUCUUAUUUUUACUAAAAAAAAAAAUCGCAAUGAAACGGAAGUAGCGAUCAUCUUAUUUUUACGAUUUAAAAAAUCGCAAUUAAACGGAAGUAGCGAUCAUCUUAUUUUUACUAAAAAAAAAAAUCGCAAUUAAACGGAAGUAGCGAUCAUCUUAUUUUUAUUAUUAAAAAAAUCGCAAUGAAACGGAAGUAGCGAUCAUCUUAUUUUUACUAUUUAAAAAAACUCAAUCAAACGGAAGUAGCGAUCAUCUUAUUUUUACUAUUUAAAAAAAAAAUCGCAAUUAAACGGAAGCAGCGAUCAUCUUAUUUUCCUCGUCGCGAGGUAUAACCAAGUGUAACAGCUUCUGAAAUUAGAAAAAAUGUAGGGCGGGACUUUUCAGGGCGGGAAAUUGUCCAACGAGAACUGAUUGGAUCGUUGGAAGUUGGGUCAUGUUGCUAUUUGCUAUAGCCUGUGACCGGAAGUAAAGAAAGAUUGUUUCCAGGAGAUUAGCGUUUUUAUUAAAGAUUAUAAGGGCACCCAAUUAUUUUUUUUUUAAAUGAAGCUCACAGAUAAGUUAUUUGUAAAAAAAAAACACAUUAUUCCAAAAAAAUGAAAGUUUUUAAUUUCAUUAAAUUGACUUUAAAGGUGUAGCAGAGGAUUUUCUCGAAUUUUAUAAAAGAACCGCCUUCUCCACUUUUUAAAAAAAUGCAAUUGCGCAACACUCCUGAUUGACAACUAGGAGGACCAAUAGUCUAGAUGAUCCACCCGAAGAAAAAAAAUCCUCCGCAAUACCUUAAAGCUUUAUCAAUAUUUUACUUAAAGUGAGAAAAUUUAAGUAAAAAAAUCUAUUCUUUUAGGAGUUACCAAUUGAAGUAUUUUUUUUAAAUUAAUCCAACUUUCACUUUUUACAGCGUAAAACUUGUGUUUUGUUUUCUCAGUGGAUAUCUAGUAUUAAAACUGUGUGGCCUUACAAAAUGUAAAUGCCUAUAGAUUUAUUUUCAUUUUAUUUUUAAAAAUUAUUUAAAAUUUUAGAAGAAGAAAAAAAACGCGCAAAAGUCUUGCAGUCUGUGUGCACACAAAAAACUUACAAGAGCGUAAUUGUGACUAUAUCAGUUUGUAAAUAAUCUUAUUUUACUGCAUGUUUUAUUUUUAAACUAUUUUUAUUUAACAUAUAAGCACUCUGCGACUGAAGCACAACUUGAGGUUUUUAGUUUUUGUUGAGAAUUUUAAGAGGUAUCGUUCCUCACCAAUGGUAUUUGAUGACAUUCAUCUGUUCGUAUUGAUUUGUCAGUGAAGAUGUGAAGUUCAUUGAAGAAUAAUAAAUAUGUAGGCUUAGCUUUUUCUCGACUUCGUGAUUGCGUCACUAAAAAGUGUACUAAUUGUGUGACCAACUUUAGCUUUUAUCAACAGACAAAAUUCAUAGAUUGUGUAUCUCGCUGUCAUGAGAUGUUAAAUGUUUUGAUGUGACUGCAGUAAACGUUUGUAAAUGUUUUGAUCACACAUUAAUGUUUUGUCUGUUAUAUGCGCUAGUCUGUUGUUGAUGUAGUACUGGUCUGUUUACUAAACGCAUCUUUCACCGUUUUUGUAUGUUGUCUUUGUGAAAUUCUCGUACAAUAAAACCAAA